CUCAACGGAGCUAGCUUUGGCUCCGAUAGAAUCAUCCUGUCGAGUCUUAUUUCUUACUUCAAUUUGGGAGCUGAAACAUCGUACAAUGGCCGUGUCAUCCAAGUCGCCAAUGGCGAUUCUCCUCCUGGCGCUGGUUGUGCCUUUCCUCAUCCAGGGCAGCCUGGCUCAGAAUUGUGGAAGCCAAGCAGGAGGAGCAUUGUGCUCGGGUAGCAACUGCUGCAGUCAGUUUGGCUAUUGCGGUACGGGAAGUGCAUAUUGCGGUACGGGCUGCCAGAGCGGUCCUUGCUCAUCUGGAACCAGUGGGAGGUGUGGCAGAGAUUUUGGAAACUCAGUGUGCCCAGGAGGUGCCUGCUGCAGUCAGUAUGGCUAUUGUGGUGCGGGAAGUGCAUAUUGCGGAGCGGGCUGCCAAAGUCAGUGCUCAUCAACUCCAUCAACUCCGUCUCCGCCUUCAAGUACAUGCGGAAGCGGCCUUGCAGGAGUUGUAUCUCAAACCCAAUACAACAACCUCUUUCCUAAUCGGAAUGCUAUCUACACAUACCAGAAUAUGAUGACUGCUGCUGCGUCCUUUCCCGCUUUCGGAACCACUGGAGACUGUAAUACGCGCAAGAAGGAAGUCGCAGCAUUCUUUGCUCAAAUCACUCAAGAAACUGCUGGCUUGUUCUACGUCGAGGAGAUCAACAAAGCUGACUACUGCCAAGCCAGCGCUACCUAUCCUUGCGCUGCUGGAAAGCAAUACUUCGGUCGUGGUCCCAUGCAGCUGUCCUGGAACUACAACUACAAGCAAUGCGGUGACUCUCCUGCUGUCAACCUAAAUCUUGUCAACAACCCAGACCUGGUUGCCCAGAGCGGUGUCACUGCAUUCAAGGCUGCAUUUUGGUUUUGGAUGACUCCUCAGAGCCCCAAGCCUGCUUGCCAUGCAGUCAUGACCGGCGGCUGGACCCCUUCCUCAUCCGAUUCAGCCGCAGGCAGGACUGCAACUUUCGGAAUGACCACAGUCAUCAUCAAUGGUGGACUGGAAUGUGGCUCAGGAGCAAGCAAUCCAACAGGUAACACCAACCGGGUGGGCUAUUUCAACAGCAUGUGCUCCGCCUUCGGAGUCAGCCCUGGCAGCGGCACGUCCUGUGCCAGCAUGACGCCUUACUAAAGCUCGAGGCUUUUGGAAUGAUACAUUGUAGCGAGAUUAAGUAGAUUUCCAGAUGCGCUUCAACAGCGGACAGCUUGUGAUCAGGGCUCAGCCUGAAUCUCCUUUCUCAUGAGUCCGAAUCAUGAAAUGUUUGCACACAAUCACAUUACUGAAUAAGACCAAAUCAGCUUAUCUCGCUGAUCGUUGAAUUGAUAUGAAACUUUCACACAUCAGAGCAAUAGAAGAAUGUUCAAGUCCCUUUAAAUCUCGCGUGCUGUCCAUAAUUCGGAAGUCUCUUCCACUCUGUGUUUCUUACUGAUGCUGUCUUUCUCCGGAUGAUUGGAUUCUCCCAU